UACAAGUGAAGAAAUAGAGUUGGGAACAUGAAUGAUCCAGAACCCUGCAGAAUAAAACAUGAAGAUACUGAAAAUCUAAUAGACCUGAUGGAAGACAACAAGGAGAGUGAAGAACUGAGAGAAGCAAAGGAGAAACAUCAUCUCAAUACUGGUGAAAAAUCUUCCAGUCCCUCACAGACUGAUAGUAAUUUGAGAAAAUCUUUCACCUGCCCUCAGUCUGGGAAGAGUUUUACAGAAAAUGGAAUCUUGAAGAGACACAUGAUAAUCCACACUGGAAAGAAGCCACACACAUGUGAUCAGUGUGGGAAGAGUUUCACGAAAAAAAUAGGCCUUAAUGUACACAUGAAAAUCCACACUGGAAAGAAUCUGCACACGUGUGAUCAGUGCGGGAAGAGUUUUACGUAUCAAGAGAGCCUGAAGAGUCACAUGAUAAUCCACACUGGAGAGAAGCCGUACAAAUGUGAUCAGUGCGGGAAGAGUUUUGCACAUGUAGGCAAUUUUAAAUCACAUGUGCUUUCUCAUUCUGGAGAAAGACCAUAUAACUGUGGUCAAUGUGGUAAAUCAUAUUUUUCAGCAUCAUCCCUGAAGAGCCACCUGAAAAUUCAUUCAAAGGAAAAGCCUUACAUGUGUUCUCUGUGUGGAAAGAGUUUUAGUGAGCUGGGUACUUUAAAAAUACACCAGAAAAGACACAGUGGUGUGAAGAAUCAUGUGUGCUUUGAUUGUGGGAAGACCUUUCUUACAGAUGCUGAAGUGAAAAUGCAUCAGAGGAUCCACACUGGAGAAAAACCUUACAAGUGUUCACACUGCGACAAGAGAUUCAGUCAGUCAGGAAUCCUGAAAUCACACGAGAGGAUUCACACUGGAGAAAAAGUUUUCAAGUGUUCACACUGUGACAAAACUUUCAUUCAGUCAGUACAUCUGAAAUCACACGAGAGGAUCCACACUGAAGAAAAACCUUAUAAGUGUUCACACUGUGACAAGAAAUUCAAAUGGCCAGAAUCCAUGAAAAAACAUGAAAGGAUCCACACUGGAGAAAAACUUUUCAAGUGUUCACACUGUGACAAAACUUUCAUUCAGUCAGUAAACCUGAAGGCCCAUGAGAGGAUCCACACUGGAGAGAAGCCAUACAAGUGUUCUCACUGUGACAAGAGUUUCAUUCAGUCAGGAUCUCUGAAAAAACAUGAGAGGAUCCACACUGGAGAGAAGCCAUACAAGUGUUCACACUGUGACAAGAGUUUCAUUCAGUCAGCACAUCUGAAAGCACAUGAGAGGAUCCAUACUGGAGAGAAGCCGUAUCACUGCACUCCUCCAUGAGGGAAGGGUUUCACUCAUUUAUCUUCUUUACAACAAGCGACAGGACAACGAAACAUCAUCUGAAGUUUUUACAGUGAACAGAGUUCAUCUUUAA